GUCAGGUGGCAGUUCCUAGGAAGGUGGAGUAAGUGCAGAGCUUCGCAAGUAAUUGGUUUAAAGGGAUGUAGAAAAGAGAAAAGUGAUUUAUCAAGUGACAAGUGAACACAAACAUGUUAAACUGCAGGAACAGGUUUUUCUUAGAGAAGUACAAAUGGCAAAACGCAGACGUUAAUACUGGUGGAAAGGGGAUUUUCAUCCGACAUAAACUCUUCUUCACCAUCAGAUUGCUUGUGAAUGAGCCAGACUCUGCCUGGCAAUGUGAUGACAGAUUACUGCGUGUCUUUUAGUGGCGCUGGCAUAGACACAGUAUCCAGGAUUCCAGAUGAAACUUUAGUUUAACAAGUUCUACCAGGGAACAUUCUGACUGCCAGCGGGACGUCAGGAUCAUAAUUUCUCUCUCUAAAUGGAGGCGCUACAGGGGUCUCUUUGGCUUUCUCUGCAUCAGCAAUGCUGGAACGUGUGUUACAUGGAAAGAGUGAGACUUUCUUUCAACUCACUCUCCCUAUUUGAAUAAGAUGACCAGGCCCGCCAGCAUGAAGCACUUGUUAUUUGGGUUCCUGUUAGUUCAAAUGAGCAAAGGUCUAAUGGCUGUUGAAGAAGAAGAAGAGCAACUCCUUCCCUCGGAUGAACAGUUCUACAUCCAUCAGGUUUACAGAACAGGUUAUAAUGAACAGGAAUAUCUUAGAAGACAAAGGAGAGAUAUUCCGGCGGAAAAUUAUAUGGCUGUCCUAGAAAUAAGUUUCGCAAAUGCCUCACUUGGAGUUUCCUUAAAAAACAAUCUGAAUGACCCCCGUACACUCAAAGAGGCGCUUUCUUCCAUAGUGACAAUCACAGGAAUACAAGUUACUGAGAAUUUAUCAAACAUCACGGUGAACCCAGCAAACCCAUUUUUUGGAGACACGGUGAUGAUUCAGUGUCAGUUCAGUAACACUACGGAUGUUUCAUGGCGCCAUAACUUCAAAACACUUACAAACGGAAUUAAAUAUAGUAUCUCGAAUACGUCGGUGCUCUACACCCUGACUAUUAAGGAUCUCACCAGUGAAGAUGCAGGUAAUUACACUUGUACUGGCCCAGACAACCCAACCACCUCUCUGCAAAUCAAACCUGUAUUAAUUAACCCGAGCAGCAAUAUUCCUGUUGUCUGUGAUGGAACAGCGACCAAUUUAACUUGCUGCAGCAAUGACCUUGCUCUCUUCAAUGUCACCUGGACUCGAGCAGGACAAAUACCGAUUCCUGGAAUGCAAAGUAAGGAUUCUGCUUGUUCCAUAUACACUAUUCAAGCUAAUCCUUCUCAGUGCCCCUCUGAAAAAUCAGGAAGUAACACCAAUUACACAUGUACCUUCCAAGGUAUAUAUGGUGCCACCAGCUAUAAGGUCAUACAAGUCACCUAUCUGAAGCCAGCCACGGUUACCAUUUCAGGAAAUGAAUUAGUUUCUGCACAAUCUUCCCUGAGUCUGACAUGCAAAAGUGAUGUACCCAACAUUGACAGAGUAACCUGGAGCAUAAAUGACAAAGCAAUAGGGAAUGAUAAAUAUAUAUCAAACAAUGGUGUCUCCACUCUCACAGUGACGCCUGUGACCAUGGACUGGGCUGGCACCUACCUCUGCAUAAUGUAUCAGCAGAACUUACCCAGUAAGGACAGUCACGCAGUCAGAGUCCUGACGUUGCCCACCCAACAAGCAAUCCAAGUUGAUCCUGUAAAUACCUAUCAGAUAUGCAACAAAAUCCAGAUACUUAAUUGCUGUAUCCCGCUUGAUAGUUCCGCUGACUGUUCUGUAAAAUUUGUGUCAUCUACAACAGAGCUCAGUGAUGUAAGCAGUGAAACAUACGGAAAUCUGAAAUGUUUCUUGAGAGAGUACAAAAAAACAACAGACUGCGAACAACCCAUCGUCUUCAAGUGCGUGAUUUCCAACAGUAUUACAUUCGUGAGAAGCCUUGAUAUGACAAUAAACUAUUGGUCUGGAACUGGUAAUUCAAAGUGCAAGGCUUUAGAGACAUAUGUUCCCGAGUCUCCCAGUGGUGUGACUCUUCUCAUUCCGUGUCAGAAUAAAGAUCCCACACUAACAGGGAAUAUAACCUACUCUUGCAAUAAUGGAGAUUGGACGAGCCAAGAAAACUGUACUUCUGUUGUUGUCUUCAACCAGUUCCUGGAAGUUCAGAACUUGGCAAAUGCACCAAAACCUGAGAAGCUGAUGCCUGCGUUCAUUGAAAGCCUUUCCAAUAAUUCUGUAACUAACAAAGAAACCAUUUCAAGCUCAGCAAGCAACAUCAACAUGAUUGUGGACAUACUGACUGUUGUUUCAGAUAACAGUAAAAAUGUGCAGCCAGAAACCAUGGACAAAUUUAUCACUACAGUAAAUACCAUUGUGGACAAUACACAAGCUUGGACAACUAUAAAGGACAAGAGCUCACAACUUCUCCAGUCGGUGGAAAAUUUUGCAAGAAGCCUUACAAAUGUGACCAGCUUUACAAGUAACCAAACAAACACUAACAUUCAGUUAAAAGGGCAAACGUUAAAUGCAAGUGAGAGCUACAAUGAGACAUUCCAGCUGUCCGGAUUAAGUGGAGGAGUGUUGUUAGGAGAAGGUUUCCUGAGUGGGAACUCCUGCACUGUUGUCAGCAUCGCUUAUUCUACUCUGAAAGAUAUUCUGCCUUCUGCCUUUAACAAGACAAUCAAUGGCCUCGUUAUCUCAACGAAAGUGAUUCCAGAAACCAAAAACUCUGAUAAUUUUAAUGUAUCAUUGACCUUUAGUAAUAGCAACACUUCCCUGGCUGAUCCUGACUGUGUCUACUGGGAUUUCAGUAUAAAUAGUUGGAAUAAGGAAAACUGCUCUGCGUCAGUCAUUGGGAACACUACAGUCUGCAGCUGUAAUCACCUGACUUCCUUCGCUGUGCUUAUGGGUGCACAUGAUGCAACAAUACCAUCUAACACAACAGAUCCAGCACAAGCAGCCUUAGAUAUGAUUACUUACAUUGGCUUGGGGACGUCUCUCGCCUGCCUGUUUAUCACUCUGGUCAUUGAAGCCAUUGUCUGGAGGUCGGUGAUUAAGAACAAGACCUCGUACCUCCGCCACGUGUGCCUGGUGAAUAUUGCCGUGUCACUACUGGUGGGUGACAUCUUUUUUAUCAUUGGAGCAUCUUUGGAGAAGACUCCAGACUCCCCGGCCUGUACUGCUGUUGCGUUCCUCAGCUUCUACUUCUACUUGGCGCUCUUCUUUUGGAUGCUAACCACCGGGCUCAUCCUCUUUUACCGUCUGGUUUACAUUUUGCAUGACAUGAGUAGGAAGAUUAUGAUGAUCAUAGCAUUCUCUGUGGGAUAUGGCUGCCCUGCUCUUAUAGCCAUUAUCACAGUGGCUUCUACAGCACCGAAACAAGGAUUUACCAGUGGAAAAUAUUGCUGGCUUGACUAUAAUACAACCAAGAGCUUUCUUGCUUUUGUCGUGCCUGUUCUCACCAUUGUGUUUGUCAAUUCCAUCAUUUUGUUUGUGGUUAUAUACAAGUUACUAAGACCUACCAUUGGUGAAAGGCAAAGCAAAGAUGAAAAGAAGAUCUUAAUACAAAUUACCAAAAGUCUGGCUGUCCUUAUUCCUCUGCUGGGCCUCACUUGGGUUUUUGGCCUUUUAGUCGUGUCUGAUCCUACAAAUAGGGCGUUCGAGAUCAUAUUCACUAUCUUCAACUCAUUUCAGGGAUUAUUCAUUUUGAUUUCUACUGUGCUGUUGGACCAAAAGGUAAGGCUCGCAAUGAGAAACACAUUAUCCUGGACGACACAGAAGACAAAGUCGACAUCGGCUCUCACGUCCACUAGCCACUCACAGGAGUCACAGCGGAAAUUCCCGAAGAGAAAGAGAUUCAGAAGAAACCUGUUUCCUACCAAAGGUUUCUUCGACCUUUCCGAAUCACAGAUUUCCUCACAUGACUAUUCAACGGGAUCCUAUAAUGUGCUCACCUGAGAUGGCAGCCAUCUUGUGCAUUGCAUCACUUUAUGGUUUUUUGGGGUUAACGGUAAACCCAGAUUCUGCUAUAGACCUUUGAGGGGCCAAAUGUAUUGCUCUUUGUUUCAUAGUGGGGAAAUAUUGUGGAGAUGCUUCUUUCAGUGGUUACUAAAGUCAAGCAAAUAUUUUAGCUCUUCUCAAGACAAUCUGUGCUGCUAUUGUUCUAUUUUUUAUACACUUCAAUGUGAGGCUCUGCUGUCUUGUUAAAACAAACCCAGGUGACGGUUUGCCUAUUACCUGCCGGAAUAUUCAAGAAGAUCUAGCUUAUGAAGAGUCAGAGGGACACAGGCAGUAGGUCUCAUCAUGUUACAUUGCCACAAAGCUUGUUUUUGUUAAUAAAUAUCAGGAGACUAUUAUCCCAAAAAACAUGGUACUAUGAGACUGGGAGUCCAUGAACAUGUACGUCAGUCUAAUAAAGAUAACAUUAUGUGAUGGAAAUCCCUGUAUUUGCUCAGACUUCUUCAUCUUAUUGGGUCUUCAUGAUUCAUUUGCAGGUUAUGUUCCUAUUUGCAUAUGUUUUACACUAGAAUCCUAAUAUUAAAAAAAACACAGGUAAAGUGAUUUUGUGUCAUAGUUCCAAGAAUAUCUAGGUUAUGAGAAAUGUGACUCCAUAUCUUGAUUUAAUUGACCUACAAGAUGGCUUCCACCUCUAUACUGAUGAUACUCAGACCUAUCUCUCCUCUCCUGAUCUCAACCCAGAGCUCUUAACUCUGGUCUCCUCCUGCCUGUC